AUGUACGCCGCCCUUAGCGCGGCGCAAUGGGUGGUGGGCAAGGCGCUGGCCCCUGUUGCGGAUGGCGUGUUGGGGGUUUGGGCGGCAACCAGGAACUUUGGUCCCACCUUAGAGGCCCUCAGCACGGAACUGCUGCUCGUGAAGGCCACACUCGAGCAAGCUGCCCUCAAGGAGCUCGGCGGGCCGGCCAUGGAGUUGCUCCUCCAGAAGCUGCGGGAUUCGGCGCACAAUGCUGAAGACUUACUGGACGAGCUGGACUACUUCCGCAUCCACGACAAGCUCCACAACACGGACGAUGCUGCCAACCAGCACGGCAAGGGUGGCGUCCACGACCUCGCCUUCAAUGCUCGCCACACCGCCAAAGCUGUUGGCAAAAUGGUCAGCUGUUGCCCUUGGCAGCAUGCUAAGCGCCAACAGAGGUCAUGCGGCAGCUCCUCAUUGUCGCCAGGCGCCAAAAGUGAGGUCAGCGGAUGCCUGCCCAAGCUGAGUAAACUCCUCCCUUGCUCAUCUUCCCCACGUCCACCUUUUGGUGAUGACGAUCGUGGCAAUGCACAAGAUACCCCAGAGCUCGAGUUUAAUAGGGUUGAUUUCUCUCAAAAGGUGAAGGCCGUCACAGAAAAAUUGCAGCUUAUGCGCAAUGAGGUUAACAAGAUUCUACAGGGUUGUGGCCCUAGAAUUGUCCUAGACAUUGCCCAGAGUCGUCCCAUCACCCGAGCUAAGAGUACAGAGCCAAAGCUGUAUGGGAGAGACCAUGUCAUGAAUAGCAUCAUACAUGAUAUCACCAAGGGUCAAUAUUGUGACAAGGGUCUAACCGUGCUUCCAGUUGUUGGUCCCGGGGGAAUGGGAAAGACAACUCUGAUACAAUACAUAUAUAACAACCAACAAGUGCAGAAUCAUUUUUCAGUCAAGAUUUGGAUAUGUGUGUCAUUCAAUUUCAAUCUGGAUAAGGUGCUAGAAGAGAUUAAAAGAUAUACCCCUGCAGUUGAAAGUGAAAAAAAGUGUAGCACAACUGAAGAGCUGAUUGAACAAAGAUUAAAAUGUAAAACGUUCUUACUUGUAUUGGAUGAUAUAUGGCAGAUUAGUAACGGGGAUGACUGGAAAAAACUAUUGUUGACACUCGGUCAAUCGCAAGAAAAGGGUUCCGUGAUUCUAGUCACAACUCGGCUUAAAAACAUAGCAGAGCAAGUUAAAACAACUGACUGUCCAAAAGAAUUGAAUGGUUUAGAGCACGAAGAGUUUAACAAGUUAUUUCUUGCAUUUGUCUUUGAUGAUGGGCAAUAUCCAAGGGACAAACAAUUUCUUCUCGAGACCGGAGAUAAGAUAAUGGAAAAACUAAAGGGCUCCCCUCUUGCAGCAAAGACUGUUGGUAGAUUACUGAGUAAAGAACAUAGUUUGUAUCAUUGGAAAAGGGUCCUCAAAAGUAAAGAAUGGGAAAAGCAAACCGAUGGAAUUAUGUCUGCCUUGAGGCUUAGCUAUGACUUUCUCCCUUUCCAUCUGCAGCAAUGUUUUUCCUAUUCUGCAUUGAUUCCUGAAGAUAUGUAUAUGAAUAGCUAUGAUCUCAUCAGCCUGUGGAUUGGACUAGAUAUUUUGAUACCUAGUGAUCAAAAUCAAACAUUUGAAUAUAUAGGUUUGAGCAAUUUAAAUGAGUUAGUCAAUUAUGGAUUUUUCAGGGAAGAGGAAACUGAUGGUGAUCAGCGGUAUGUUAUGCAUGACCUAUUACAUGAUUUGGCAAUGAAGGUUGCAUCACAUGAUUGUCUUUGUUUACGUCUCCCUAAUGUUGGAUCAGUGGAAAUUCAGCCAACCACCCAACACUUGUCUAUAAGCACACAUGACUUAGGAAAAUAUGAUGCAGUGUCAGGUGAAAAAUUAAGAAGUGAAUUGGAAGAACUGAAGACAAAAUUGAAUGUUGAACAUUUGCACACAUUGAUGGUAUUUGGUAAAAUGGAUGGAAGUUUUGCCAAGAUCUUUGGUGAUUUUCUUUGGGAAGCAAAUACUCUUCGCGUUCUUUAUUUGCUUGACAUGACGUAUCCCAUGGAGUCCAUGAUACAUAACUUUUCAAGACUUGUCCACCUACGAUGCCUAUGUCUAGGGACAUGUGACAGAGAGAUGCAUUUACCACUCAACAUCUCUAAAUUUUACCAUUUAAGGGUUCUAGAUCUUGAGCAAUGGUGUGGGAGUUCUGAUUUGCCCAGAGACAUGAGCAAUCUUGCAAAACUGUGCCAUAUUCAUGCCAGAAGUGAGCUUCAUUCAGAUAUUUAUAAUGUGGGAAAACUUAAACUCUUAGAAGAGUUGAAGGUAUUUCGAGUCAAUAAAAAAAGUGAAGGAUUUGAACCAAAGCAACUAGAGCAUUUAAGCAAGCUCAGGGAGCUUGUCAUCUAUAACCUGGAGAGAAUUCAUACAAAAGAAGAAGCAGCUCAAGCAAAAUUGAUGGAGAAAAGAUACUUGAGGAGGUUAACAUUGGACUGGGACAGUAAUCGAUCUAGUCUUGAGCCUGGUGUGGAAGCAGCGGUUCUUGAGAGCCUUCAACUUCAUGGAGAUCUUCAAGUGUUGUGCAUUAGAGGGCAUGGAGGUCCUUCUUGUCCAACAUGGCUGGGUGAUGAGUUCGCUGUUGAAGGUCUACAAUCUCUUUUUCUGGAUGGUGUUUCUUGGGAAGUUUUCCCUUCUUUAGGGAAGGCAUGGGAUCUUCGUGAAUUAUGUUUUGAGGAUAUUGACAGACUGAAGGAGUUUAUCAUAGUGAAAAGCUUUUGCAUGCUAACAAAGCUUAUACUCAUUGGCCUUGGAAGUUUUGAAAAAUGGGUUUACACAGGUGGAGACUUGUUGCCACCGGAUGCUCAUAUGUUCCCUCUUUUGCAAGUUCUGGUCAUUAGGAAGUGCCCAAAACUGUUGGGGUUGCCUUUCUCAAACCACAUUGUUUCCCCAGAUUGGUUCCCUAAGCUACAAGAGCUUGAGGUAAGCGACUGCCCCGAAUUCUUGCCAGUGAUUCACAUCUCCCGGAUCGAAAGGCUGCAUUCUGUCACGAUGAAAUGUGUAAAGAUGCUAAAGGAGUUUGCAUACUCGAAAUCAUCCGGUGGAGCAGAGUUGAAAAUUACCGGAGAGAGUGAUCUUCUUAGCUUAGACCAAGUGCUGGUUUUUGAUAAAGAAACAGUUACAGAGAAGCUGACACUCGAGAGGUGCCCACCUCUGGGGUUGAAGCACCUUCUGAUGCUAACCUCGCUGAGGACAUUGAUUGUAGAAAAUUCAGUUGGUCUAGUUGGACCACCAGGAGGAGGUCAGAGUGAUGUGGAAUGGCAACUCCCUGUUGAGUAUAUCAAGAUCAACGACUUAAAUGGUAAUAGUGGGAAGGAAUUGACAGAGCUCCUCCCCCACCUCCCAAAGCUCUCCAAAUUGGAAAUAGUGAGGUGUAAAAACAUAAAAAGGCUGGUAGUGGGGGUGGAUGUGCAACAAACAACAUCAGAAGCAUCAGAGAUGGGGGGAGGUGAAAUAACAGCAGCAGCAGCAGCAGAGGAACACGAUGAUGGGGUGCUGCUCUUCCCAGCUCAUCUCCGUGACUCACUACAGGAAUUGGACUUCAGUAGCUGCUCAGAGCUGGUCCUGGUGGACCCGCCAACUCUUGUUCCUGGUGGAGGAGGGCUCCAAGCUUUGCGAUCCCUCCAGAGAUUAAAAAUAUAUAAUUCCCCAAAGUUUCUAUCCACCUUCUUCUUUUCCUGUCACAGUUUCCCUUCCUCCCUGCAGUCCCUGGUGCUUUGGGAUGUGAAAGGCUUGAGGACACUGGAGCCCCUCUCAAACCUCUCCUCUCUCACCAGAUUAGAAUUGUUUAAGUGCGGAGAGGAUCUGAAAUGUGAGGGUUUGUGGUCUCUCCUUACCACCGGGGGCCAGCUCAGGGAAUUGGAUGUCGGGGGUAGCCCUAGAUUCUUUGCUGAUUGGGAUCCCAAUCCUAGACGGGGUUUGGAGGAUGCUGAGGGAGGUGAAGAGCAGCAGACACAGCUUGUUUCAUCCACACUGCGUGAGCUCGAGACAGAUGACAUAGCAGGACUUCUUGCUGCACCCAUCUGCAGAUUCCUCUCUUCCUCCCUCACCAAGCUGAAACUUUGGGGGGAUUGGUGUGAAGGGAUGGAGCGGUUCAUCAAGGAGCAAGAGGACGCCCUUCAACUCCUCUCCUCCCUCCAGGAACUAGCGUUCUGGGAUUUCAAGGAUCUUCAACAACUCCCUGCAGGGCUGCGUAACCUUACCAGCCUCAAGUUAUUAUCAGUCAACCUCUGUCCAGCCAUCUUGUCGUUGCCCAACGAUGCCCUCCCGGAUUCGCUGGAAAUGCUAGAUGUCUACAAAUGCAGCGAGGAGCUAAAACAGCAGUGCAGGGGGUUGGAGGGAACCAUCCCAAGAGUCCAUAUACUCUGA